AGAAAAAACGACCACCACAAAAAAGUAAAGAUAAUACAAAUAAAGUGAAAAACAAAAGGCGAAAAGCGAAAAAUAAGCAAAAAAUACGCCGAACAAGCCGAGUAAAGACUAACCCCCCCACCAUGCCCACCCAUUCACGAAUUCCGGCCAGUGCAAUAUAAUCGUCCUCGUAGAUACAUAUGUAUAUGGGAUUCAGUUGCUACUGAGGUCCCCUCGGUAGCCUAGCGACUGUCGUCGACUGUGAGAAUGGACAUGAGCAAAGGCAUCGGCAGUUGCUAUCAUAUCGCACUCGACGCUAGGCCGCUGACGAUGGCCAUAAAUAUGAAAAUUCAAAAUACACACAUAAAUGGCCAAGUCUGAGGGUGCACAAUAAAAGCGGCCAUCAGGAACAUCAAAUCAGCAGCAGACGCUAACCAGCGAUAGCAUUGCCCAUACGUCGAGCACGAGGCGCCGACAACAGCAGCAACAGCAACAACAACAACAGGGGCAGCAGCAACUGUGGCCGGUGGCAAUGGCCAAGUUGGCACACCAUCUACAGCAUCUAAGGGAGCUGGAAGCCAGAACCCCAGGCCCACUCUUAGUCCCAGCCCCAGCCCACCCACCACAGAUCGAGUCGGGCCGCACCGAACCUCCCCGAUGGCGGCACGUGCAGUGGGUCUGCUCCUGCCCGUGCUCCUGGAACCAUGUUUGGAGUAGGACAGCCCUGUUCCUGGCUGCUGUGUGCCUGCUGACGCGGCCCGUCAUGCCGGAAGUUAUUUAUCGAGUUGAUCCUUUGGCUCUCCUGGCCGCCACCUUGAGAACGUACCAGCGCGCAGGAUGCGACUCCGAGCAACUGUCACUCAGUUGUCCACGCGGCACCAGCAUUUCCAUCGAGCUGGCUCAGUAUGGACGGGCGGGUGAUUUAACCGACCACAGCCUGUGUCCACCCGUUUCGCAAGAGGACCUCACCACGACCGGAAGUGCCGGCGAUGCUGUCAUCCACAGUGGAACAGAAAUCGAAGUCAAACCGCCGGAAACGUGUACCGUAAGCGGAUUACAGUACGCCCUCCUGCAGACGGUGGUCGAUGCCUGCCAGAAGAAACGGCACUGCAAGUUUGCCGCGAAUUCCAAAACGCACACCACUGGAGAUCCCUGUUCGGGCAUACGGAAAUUCGUCGAGAUUGCCUACAAAUGCCGCCCAUACGAAUUCCGAAGCAAGGUGGCCUGCGAGAACGACAAUAUGCCGCUUGUGUGUAAUCCGUACUCUCGCAUCGCUAUAUACAGCGCCUCCUUCGGUCACACAGAACGGGAAAGCGUUCAGUGCGGGGGCCAGAGCGCCGGAGCAAGCACUGGCACCAGCGAAGACAACGGAAAGCCGACUUGCCUGGUGUCGUACGCCACGGAGACCGUGAUGCAGAUAUGCCAUGGCCGUAGACGCUGCUCGGUGACCGCCGAUGCUGGCACAUUCGGUCGUCCGUGCAAGGCCGAUGUGCGGAUGUACCUAAAAGUUGUGUACACAUGCAUUCCCCGCAAAGUGCUGAAGGAUCGCUACGAGACUGCGCCGGAGAGCGACGAGCCACAGCAGUCUGAGCUCGACAUGGACCAAGAUGAGCUUUAUGACGAAGACCAAUUCUACAAAGAGUCCGAGGCCAUUCCGCCAGCCCCCAAGCUCCAGGGCGCUAUUCCGAAUGCCGGCAUGCCCUUCGACUUCGGAAAGGGCGCCCUAGGAGUCGGUACUUCAAGCACACUCCUCCCCCCACUUCUUUCGAGGGACGAUGGCUUAUUAGAAGAAAGACUUGAGUCAUCUCUGAGGCUGCUAGAUCGGAUAAGGGCAGCAUUGCACCAAGACUUUGUCCCUGAGAUAGCAGAAUCGGCGGCACACACGACAGCGGCAAGUGACGAUAUCGGUGCAGUCGCUAUCCACAGCAGCACCGAAGGUACAGAAUUAAAUUCAAUAUCGCCUGAAACAGAUGCAACUAACGCCGCUGAUGGGAACACUAUUUACCACCGCAAGUGCGUUAAUGUCGAUGAUUGGGGAGUCAUCGGACUGAACUGUACCGAGGAGGACAUCGUUGCGGAGCGGGUCGAGGUCAUUGGUUUCUUGGUAAAUUGGCUGAGCUCCUAUGUCCAUAUACGAAAACAUCAGGAGCAAUUUUACCUCUACCUAAUCAUAUCGGUGGCGGCUGGCGUUCUCCUCUGCCUGACGCUUGUCAUCGGCCGGCUCACGCUACAGAAACGGCGCGGUGAACGGAAGAACAGCAGCUCAAGUGGCGGCGGGGUCGCCAAAGCCUUUGCUGAUACUCAAGGUGGCAGCACAGGUGUCGGCAAUGGAGGAGCAAGCAAAUUUCAACAGACGGCAACAGGAGAAUCUCACCUGCCAGACUCCUUUGCAGAUGACAUAUCUGACGUCGACGCCGACAUCGACUUAACAGGUCCGAUGCCAUUGCCCAGCUUAUCGUCUCGGAACGAGACCUACAUGACAUACGCACCGACGCCCAAGUGCAGCUACGGAGGCUUACCAGGCGCACCCUACCAGGCGCACCCUACCUCUGGAGCAACUACCGUUCUGAUGGCCCCGCACUCGCAGGCCAACAGCUACACUACCAUGGGCCAUCCCACAACAAGCGGGCCUCUGACAAUGGGUCCCCACUUUCUUGGACCCUCCGGACUGAGCACGGUUUCCCCAGCGUACUUAAGCGGAGCUGUCAUGGUGGCCGGACAUCACCACACUCUGCGACGCACGCUGAUACCCACCAGCAUGGGAAUAAUGAGCUCCCCCUCACCACCACCGACUUCCAUGAGUACCGGCCAUCCUCUGCCGCUAGCCGCCAUGCCCUCAACCUCGAACAGCGGUUGCGGGGUCUACUAUGACAGCACCGUGCCCCGAAAUCUGUCCCGUGGCGUGUCAGCAGAGAGCAGCGCCCAGUACUUCUAUGGGUGACAC